AUGACUCCAGCUUCACUCCACUGUCCAACAGGAAGGCGCUCAGGUACCGGGAAAUCUGCAGCACAGGGACCAGUGAGAGGCGCACAGGGACCAGUGAGAGGAACACAGGGACCAGUGAGAGGAACACAGGGGACCAGUGAGAGGCGCACAGGGACCAGUGAGAGGAACACAGGGACCAGUGAGAGGAACACAGGGACCAGUGAGAGGAACACAGGGACCAGUGAGAGGCCACAGGGACCAGUGAGAGGAACACAGGGACCAGUGAGAGGAACACAGGGACCAGUGAGAGGCGCACAGGGACCAGUGAGAGGAACACAGGGACCAGUGAGAGGAACACAGGGACCAGUGAGAGGAACACAGGGACCAGUGAGAGGAACACAGGGACCAGUGAGAGGAAACACAGGGACCAGUGAGAGGCGCACAGGGACCAGUGAGAGGAACACAGGGACCAGUGAGAGGAACACAGGGACCAGUGAGAGGCGCACAGGGACCAGUGAGAGGAACACAGGGCCGACCAGUGAGAGGAACACAGGGACCAGUGAGAGGAACACAGGGACCAGGACCAGUGAGAGGAACACAGGGACCAGUGAGAGGAACACAGGGACCAGUGAGAGGAACACAGGGACCAGUGAGAGGAACACAGGGACCAGUGAGAGGAACACAGGGACCAGUGAGAGGAACACAGGGACCAGUGAGAGGAACACAGGGACCAGUGAGAACACAGGACCAGUGAGAGGAACACAGGGACCAGUGAGAGGAACACAGGGACCAGUGAGAGGAACACAGGGACCAGUGAGAGGAACACAGGGACCAGUGAGAGGACAGGGACCAGUGAGAGGAACACAGGGACCAGUGAGAGGCUCACAGGGACCAGUGAGAGGAACACAGGGACCAGUGAGAGGAACACAGGGACCAGUGAGAGGAACACAGGGACCAGUGAGAGGAACACAGGGACCAGUGAGAGGAACACAGGGACCAGUGAGAGGCCUCAGUACGGGAAAUCUGCAGCACCAAGGGACCAGUGAGAGGCCACAGGGACCAGUGAGAGGCACAGGGACCAGUGAGAGGAACACAGGGACCAGUGAGAGGAACACAGGGACCAGUGAGAGGAACACAGGGACCAGUGAGAGGAACACAGGGACCAGUGAGAGGAACACAGGGACCAGUGAGAGGAACACAGGGACCAGUGAGAGGAACACAGGGACCAGUGAGAGGAACACAGGGACCAGUGAGAGGCGCACAGGGACCAGUGAGAGGAACACAGGGACCAGUGAGAGGAACACAGGGACCAGUGAGAGGCACAGGGACGCACAGGGACCAGGACCAGUGAGAGGACACACAGGGACCAGUGAGAGGAACACAGGGACCAGUGAGAGGAACACAGGGACCAGGAGAGCCACAGGGACCAGUGAGAGGAACACAGGGACCAGUGAGAGGCGCACAGGGACCAGUGAGAGGAACACAGGGACCAGUGAGAGGAACACAGGGACCAGUGAGAGGAACACCGGGACCAGUGAGAGGAACACAGGGACCAGUGAGAGGAACACAGGGACCAGUGAGAGGAACACAGGGACCAGUGAGAGGAACACAGGGACCAGUGAGAGGCUCAGGACCGGGAAUCGAGCACAGGGACCAGUGAGAGGCCACAGGGACCAGUGA